UGUCUCACUGACGAAGCCACAAUGCAACGCCACCGUUCAUCCUCUAUCUUCCACAAAACCAAUCAAUCCUAUUUCCUUGGUUUAGAAAGAACUAGCCAUCAUCAUCAUCCUGCAUGGUCCUUCCAACUUUCAACCAUGUAGGCAUCUUAUCAUCUUAAACAUCAUCAUUCGUUGCAGCAGCAACACCUUCUCUCACUCACUAGUAAUGGCAGCUACCAAGGGCAACCCCAAUGCACAACUCCUUGAAGAACUAGAGGCUUUGAGUGAAUCCCUUUACAAAGCACACACCUCCACCACAGCCAGAAGAACAGCUUCCCUUGUGUUGCCACGAACUUCAGCCCCAUCAGUUGAAGAUGCCAAAGACAGUGAUGGAAGCAGCAGCAACAAACUUCGGCGCCGCAUGUCCAUGUCCCCAUGGAGAUCAAGGCCAAAACCUGAUGAUGCCACUGCCAAGGCUGAAACAAAAAAGCUUGAUGACACUUCAACAGCUUCAGGUGGCAGUGACAAGAAAGGGAUUUGGAAGUGGAAGCCUAUCAGGGCUUUGUCUCACAUUGGAAUGCAGAAGCUAAGCUGUUUGUUUUCUGUUGAAGUGGUCACAGCUCAAGGCCUUCCUUCUUCCAUGAAUGGACUUAGGCUAUCCGUUUGUGUUAGAAAGAAGGAAACAAAGGAUGGUGCUGUUAAGACAAUGCCAUCAAGGGUUGCACAAGGAGCAGCAGAUUUUGAAGAGACCCUUUUCAUCAGGUGCCAUGUUUAUCACACCACCAAUCAGGGCAUUACAAAGCAGAUCAAGUUUGAGCCACGCCCCUUUUGGAUAUACCUUUUUGCUGUUGAUGCCAAGGAACUUGAUUUUGGAAGAAUCUCUGUGGACUUGACUGAGUUGAUAAAAGAAUCCAUUGAUAAAAAUCAACAAGGCACGAGGGUGAAGCAAUGGGACACAAGCUUUGACCUAUCUGGGAAGGCCAAAGGAGGAGAACUUGUUCUCAAACUGGGCUUCCAGAUCAUGGAGAGAGAUGGAGGAGUUGACAUAUAUAACAAUCAAGUGAAGAAUUCAAAAUCCAGCUCUGGCAAGCUUGGUGCUUUCUCUUCUUUUGCUCGUAAACAAUCCAAGACGUCAUUCAGCAUGUCUAGUCCUAGAAUGACAAGUAGAAACGAUGCAUGGACUCCUUCGCAGUCAGGAAUAGAAGAGGAUAUUCAAGGAAUGGAUGAUUUAAACCUUGAUGAUCCAAACCCGGUUCAGGAUUCCUCUUCCUCCACGCAGAAAGUUGAUGAACGUAGUAAGGAACAGGUGGAGGAUUUUGAUAUGCCGGAUUUCGAGGUUGUGGAUAAAGGGGUUGAGGUUCAAGAGAAGGAAAAAGAUGGAGGAGUUGAAGCUGAGGAACCUGUACAAGAGGAAUCAGCCUCAAGUGAGGUUGUCAAGGAAGUAGUGCUUGAUCAUGUGCACCUUACUAGAUUGUCUGAGCUUGAUUCAAUUGCACAGCAGAUAAUAGCACUGGAGUCUAUGAUGGGAGAAGAUGACAAGUUUAUGAAGAUUGAGGAAGAGACAGAACAACAGAGGCUAGAUGCAGAUGAAGAAACUGUGACUAGGGAGUUUCUUCAGAUGCUUGAGGAUCAAGAAAACAGCGACUACUUCUUCAAUCAACCUGAAAUUCCACCUUUACAACUUGAAGGACACGAUGAAGCUUCUGCUGAGGAUGGAGAAUCCAAAGUGUAUCUUCCUGAUCUUGGAAAGGGGUUGGGAUGUGUGGUUCAAACAAGAGAUGGAGGAUACUUGGCUUCCAUGAACCCUUUGGACAUUGCUGUGUCCAGAAAAGACUCUCCAAAGCUAGCUAUGCAGAUGUCAAGGCCUUUUGUGUUGGCAUCACAUGAAUCCGUAACAGGUUUUGAGUUGUUUCAGAAAUUGGCUGGCAUUGGUUUUGAUGAACUCAGCUCAAAGGUUUUGGCCUUAAUGCCCAUAGAUGAAAUGAUAGGCAAAACUGCAGAACAGGUUGCUUUUGAAGGCAUUGCUUCUGCCAUCAUACAAGGUAGGAACAAGGAAGGAGCCAGUUCCAGUGCUGCUAGAAUAGUUUCUUCCUUGAAAAGCAUGGGAAGUGCCAUGAGUUCAGGAAGAAGAGAGAGAAUAACAACAGGACUUUGGAACGUGGACGAGGAGCCACUCACUGCAGAGAAGCUUCUGGCAUUUGCCAUGCAGAAGGUUGAGUCCAUGACAGUUGAAGGAUUGAAAAUUCAAGCUGACAUGGCUGAGGAAGAGGCUCCAUUUGAUGUUUCUUCACUCAGCUCAAAGAAAGGGGAGGGAGGGAAGGAUCUUUUGGCUUCAGCUAUUCCACUUGAGGAAUGGAUCAUCGGAGACCAAAGCUACAACAAAAGUGAACAAGAAAAAGUGACACUCAUAUUGGUUGUCCAAUUGAGGGAUCCAAUGAGACGAUAUGAAGCAGUUGGAGGCCCUGUGAUGGUGCUGAUUCAUGCAACAAGUGGUGACACAAAGGGGAAUGAGAGGGAGAAAAGGUUCAAGGUGGCAAGCAUGCAUGUGGGGGGUUUCAAGGUGAGAAGUGGAACAAAGAAGAGUGCAUGGGACAGUGAGAAGCAGAGACUCACUGCAAUGCAAUGGUUGGUGGCAUAUGGGUUGGGAAAGGCAGGGAAGAAAGGGAAGCAAGCAUUGGCAAAGGGACAAGACUUGUUGUGGAGCAUUUCCUCACGAAUAGUUGCUGACAUGUGGCUCAAAACCAUGAGAAAUCCAAAUAUUAAUCUUGUAAAGUAAUUAGCACACUCCUCCAUUCAUGUCUCAUAAAAAAUUCAAAUGCAUGUACAAGUGAAAGGUUCUUGUCUACCCAACUAAGCCACUGAAGCUACCCAAACAUGAACUGUGUAAAUGUCGUGUCGUGAUUAGUUGUUUUUGUAAAAGCCAAUAAAAUUUCUCAGUCAUAUAUGGUAUUUGAAGAUAAAGGGUUAAAGGGGUAACUUAGCUCUACAAGGUCCCAUUAACCCCAUUUUCAUUUUGUUUUUUGUUUUU